CUUGGAUAAACCUCAGCCUGGGGCUGUAGUUUUGGAGCUAAGAGGAUGCCACCUGAACUCCUACCUGUGGGAAACCCUUUAGUGAUGCCCUGUGACAGUGGGUGUGAUACUGGGCCUAACACUGCCUACUUAAGAUCCCUGUUGUCAACAAGGAGGAGGACAUGAAGAAGGUGGAGAACGUGGGGCAUGGUGCACAAAUUACUGAAUGACCAAGACUCUCCUGAGCCCCUUCACUGCAAAAAUUGAAAGACACUGCAACUUGGGGCUAAGGACGUUCAUUAUUAAGGUUGUGUUUCUCUUUACUCAUGCAGUUUGGGGCUAAGAAAGUUUCUUUCUAAGGUUGUGUUGGUCUUCACACUCCCGGGUGUGUGUUGCUCUAAGUCUGUGUGUGCUUUUGGGCGUUUCUUUCUAACCAGGCAUGAGCAAGGUGGGGGAGGCAUUUAGCACCGGUGUGCUUCCCUGUGGAGUCCCGGCUGGGGGUUGUUUCCCCUUUUCAAAGCCUUUGAGUCUUGUGGAAGGGAAAUGCAGCGAGCAGGAUGUGCUGGGCUGUUGUAUUGGGGUUAAUGUUAAUGUCUGGCUUGAUUCUGCUGGAAAUUGCAAAAUCUUCCCUGUGGAAGGAGCAGGGAGUUUGGCCCUUCGUGUGCAUAUAGGCUGUUAUAUAUUUAAAUGGAGAGAAGACUUAGGAGGCAUGUGAAACACCGGAACAAAACAGACGAGGAGGCAGGAAUCAUAUAUUUCAAAGCUGGUUUUCCACAGACUGCUAUGCAGUGUUUUUAUUUUUUUUUUAAUGUUUUAAUUCCUGUAACUCUUAAUUCCACUUCUUUCUCUCUGUCUGUGUUUACAUAUUUACACUAGGAGGGGAAAAACUCCCUCUUUUUCUUUUUCUGGGUGGAUGAGGGGAAGUGCAAGAGAAACCGAGUGCCUGAAUUGAAAAAUCAAUUAUUUAUUCUGUCUAACAAAGUUUAAAGAGCUAUAGACGCAGACAGUUGACAUUAAACUCUACCUACCCACUACGGCUCCCGUCUGCCUUUCCACCUCCCCCCCUUUCCCCUCCGAAAUGGAAGAAAACACCUAUCCCGAGAUCAGAGGAGAUCACUCCUGGGAACAAGAGACAGCCCUGAGACAGGGGCACAGCUCACAGCCUCCCCGUACCCCGCCGGGCCAUGUAGGUCCAACGCCCGCAUCUUUCACAGCCUCGCCGAAAUCCAACUCGCCCCUCUGGGUGCCGGCAGCCCCGAGAGCAGCUGGAGCGCAGGAUGGAGCGGGACGCCUAAAAACUUCGUUCUGCAGAGAGACCUCUAGUGUUUUUCUUUCUCCAUGUCCUGGCAGAGUUCCUCCAAAGUACAAAUACACACAGAGCUCCCAUUGUUUGCAGCCCUUCACAAGCCCACUGAUCCUAAUAUGGAAUUCAGCAGGAAACCCAUGAUUUCCUGACACACAGCAAGCUGGAGAAAGAAAGGAAAAACUCCAUUAAAAACCUCCAGGCUCUCCUCCAUGUUAGAAAUGAAAUGGAAAAUGGAGUGGAUUUAACAGGAAUCCCUGAUUCCUGUGGCCAAGCUGGAGGAAGGGAGACACGAAUCAAAGCUGCAGGCUGCUGAUAUUUUUUAAGUCGCAAUAAAUACUGAGAACUCCGGGGCAGGAUGAAGAUUUCCUGACUCGGACGAACGAGAAAGGACGGAUCGCUUUUUUAUUAUAUUCUUCUCUAUAUAUUUAAUUUAUUCACCUCGAUGAUUCUCUUGACCGAUCUGGUAAUUGUUAGAAGCGGCUGUGACAGCCUGGAAACAUUAGUAUGAUUUCCUGAGUUUGAGAUUUGCUGCCCCCCCCCCCCCCCCCCCCCCCCAAACUCAGGAAAAGUCAAUACAAUCGCACUUCAUUUUUCCUUCAUGUGCACUUGGAAGUCCUGGGAGCAGCAAGAGCAGCGGCAGCGGCAGCAGCAGCAAGAAUGAACUGCAAGGAAGAAGAUGACAACUGCACUGACGGGAGCAGCAAUAACACGAAGAAGAUGUUAAAAUGCGUGGUGGUUGGGGAUGGUGCAGUUGGGAAAACCUGUUUGCUGAUGAGUUAUGCCAAUGAUGCCUUCCCAGAGGAGUAUGUCCCCACUGUUUUUGACCACUAUGCAGUAACUGUGACUGUGGGAGGACAACAACACUUGCUGGGACUUUAUGACACUGCAGGGCAGGAGGACUACAACCAGCUGAGACCCCUGUCCUACCCCAACACGGACGUGUUCUUGAUCUGCUUCUCAGUGGUGAACCCCGCCUCGUACCACAACGUCCAGGAGGAGUGGGUGCCCGAGCUCAAAGUCUGCAUGCCCAACGUGCCUUAUGUCCUCAUAGGAACACAGAUUGAUCUCCGGGAUGAUCCCAAAACUUUGGCUCGGCUGCUUUACAUGAAGGAGAAACCACUCACCUACGAGCACGGAGUGAAGCUAGCAAAGGAGAUCGGAGCGCAGUGUUAUCUGGAGUGCUCAGCCCUCACGCAGAAAGGCCUUAAGACUGUCUUCGAUGAAGCAAUCCUGACCAUUUUCCACCCCAAGAAGAAGAAGAAGCGUUGCGCAAAGUGCCACAGCUGCUGCACCCUUGUGUGAAGUCACUUGGAAAGAAAAACGAGAUGAGUUCAAUGAAACCAAGCAGGUUAGAAAGGCAAUGAAGGUCACAUGCAACUGAAAUGGGGAACAUGACCAGAAAGGGGUCCUUCUUACCCAAAUAUAGGAGCCCUCCGUUCUGUGAAACCUCCAAGCUGUAUCACACUAGGCCAACUCAUGUCUAUGUGCUUUCCUAACCCUCCAGAGCUGUAUGCAGCCUGUUCCUACUACUGCAGACUGCACUGAACCAACAGAAACCAGGAUGCCUGCUCCUGCUUGACUCCUCACCUUAGGAAUAAGGUGAAGGUGCCGUGUGGAAAAACAAAGAACUAAAGGUGGUAAAAGAAACAAGUGAAACUCCAUCUGUGGCCUUAAGCAAGAAUUGAUCAAAAUUAGGAAUUUGCAGUACUUAGGAAUUGAAUCUGAACUGAUUGAAAGCACAUGGAGAUCUGUAGAAAUCUAAUAUGUAAGAUAUACACUAUAGGUAGGAUAUACUUUUAAAUUACUUUUCUUUUCUAAGACUCGCUAGUUCAGGAUAUACUUUAGUGUGUUCAAACCACAUGGAAGCAAAGGUGGAGUGAUUUGAGUUUUUCACUUAAUGGUGAAACUUCACAGCGUCAGGAUGUUGCUGCACCCAAGCUAUCAAAAUGGAUCAACAUUUACCUCCAGACUUAAGGAAUGUUCUUACAACAAAAAAAUGCAAAUAACUGUAUUUUUACAGGGGAAUGUUCAGGCUGAGCCAUGUUUCCAUAAGCUGGGAAAGGAAGAACAGAGUUGUAGCGUUUAUGUACUGAAACAAAGAAGUUCUGCCACCAAAGAAUAUUGCCCUAGACAUGAAAUAGCAGCACGGAACAAUCUCCCUUCCAAACUGAGAACAUGAACGAGAGACAUUGCCAUGGCAACUGAAAAUUUACCUUAUAGAUCAGCUGGAUUUCUACAUCUCACCCAGCAGACAAAAAUAGCAAAAACCAAAAAGCCAAAGGUCAUACUCACUUCAAGUGCUUUAAGGUGGUCCAAUUGCCUUAAGAUUAUUUUUUUCAUGGGGUAUCUCAUGUAAAAACACUCACCAAAGUGGAGUUGGAAACAUGUUGAUUUACUGUAGUCUCCCUCCUCCCAUUCACUACUUUCUUUGCUCCCAUUUUUCCAUCUUCAUUACUGUGAGUGCUGUUUAAGCUGCAGCGUGGCUGCAGUCCUGGGGGGUGAACUUUCACACGAGUCGCAGAUGAUGGGCUACAGCAGACAGCACAGAGAUGGGAAUUCCAGACCUUAAGGGAAGGGAAGCUGCCUGUUAGCUCUCCUUGCUGUUGAAGAAAGCGUGCCUUUUCACUAAAGCCUCUCCAGGGAGCCUGUAUUUUUGCACAUCACAGCAACACAGACGCUCAGAGGUGAACUCGAAGGGCGUCCUGCUACUUGCAUCUGCCUUCGGGUACCCUGGCAAUGCCACGAGACUGUCUUGUAACGGAUUUCAUUCCCCAAGCAGAAAAUCACAGUGCCAGCAAAUAUAGAUUUGAAGACCUCCGCUGUAACUCCUCACAAAAGCAGUGUCAGUAGUCAGUGUUUCCAGAAGAGCUAGGCAUAAGCAAGUAACAGCAGUGCACCCUCCCAGCCCAGGGACACGUGCCCUGCACCCCCCGUACCCCACUCCAGGGGACUGCCAGCUCACUCCUCUUCAGAAGCACAGCAGCAUGGCUGAGUACACACAUGCAACCAGAAAAACUCAUGAUUAGCGGUGAAUUAUAGGCCUGGUGUUACUCAGAGCAAUUAGGGACUUCAGCAGGACUAUAAGAACUGCACCCUUGGGCAGAGAAGGGAACAAGCAUGAUGCAGUGCCCAAUCCUGCAGUCACUGAGGUUUAUGGAUCCGAGCUCCUCCUUUAGCACAAGUUCAGUUUACCAUGGAUGCCUACAGAAACCAGCUCUGACCCCCCAAAAUGUUUCCAGGUAGAAAUCAACAGUUCUCUCUGACAAAAGCAAUCAAAUUCGAGGCGAACGCCCCGUUGCUGUUACCCAGCCGGCUUUCACUCACCAUCUCUUUCCCGCUGCACACAAGCAUGGAUGAAAAUGAAGUUGUGCUAAAUCAAAGACAGACAAAAGGAAGAUUUCUUCACUGCUGGCAUUCUUUGCUUAUAUUUUAUAUUUGGUUUUAUUAUGUCCCAGACAUUUGCUUCAAAUGGACUGGCCGAUAGAGCACAGCUCAGAGGGAGGACAGUGCUGAAGCCCGGUGAAGGAGUUCAUGUCGUGCCGCAGAGGCUGUGCUGCUGUCCCCAGGCGAGCAGUGAGUAUUCACACAUCUGGGACACUGGCAAUCAGCUGAACUAUAAUGUGUAAAGAGGUAUUAGGGGAGUUUGAGGAAAACUAGGAGUGGAUUAAAUAAAGAAAUAUUUAGGUAAUGUUUGUUGGCUUACAACAUGACUAGAAGGCCACUGAAACAAACAAACAAAAAGCUUUCAACAGAUUUCGGAGAAAAUUAGACCUUCACUGUGCUGCCAUUUACUUCAGUGGAAAUAAAAUAGGAUGAUUACUCAGUUUUAGCUCAUGUAGGUUGCUGUAGAGCGCUAGCCUAUAUACAAGUCUCUGGUUAAAGUAAGUGAAGUCUGUUUUAGCUGAAGCGCAGUGCAAACACUCAGGUUGGAGCUGCCAGAUAUUCUUAGAGCUUCACAAAAUACACAGGAAAUAGAAAACCAGACUGACAGCUGAGCUUAUCAUAAAAUAAUGAGCACACUGGAAAAGUGCAGUAUAGCAUUCCCGGCAUGCCUCAGAGAAAGCCACAAAUAAUAAAAUGAUAUUUUUGUGUGCCACCGCGUAUCAGGGGUGUCUAUUAAUACUAAUGGGAUGGCAUAGGAUAGGCAUAUAAAAUCAUAAAUCAAAUAAGAAGUUGUGGCAUUAACAUAAAUGCAGUGGUUUGAGGAAAAUUAACUAAAAAAUAUAUGGUGAUGUAGAAGCUAAAAUGCUACUGUCCUAAUGUAUUCAACUGCAGCACCUUGCACAAAUCAUUGCAUAGCAGCAAAAACAGAUAGAAAAUUAUUCAUAUGCAUACAAAAAAUGUUAAGACUAACCAGGGUUUUAUCUGCACUUACAAAACCAAGGACCUCACGUUUGUGAGGCAGUAAAAUUUCAAGUUUUUCAAGCUGAUUGUGUCCAAAAUUUGACAACUGGGAGCUGCAAGGGAGGGUGGUCACAAUCCACUGAGAAAUGGCCUCUGCGCUCCAUUUGUUUUUAAUUUCUCUUCCAACAAAAAUAAAUGUUUUAAAAAUAGCCAUGGUUAAUGCAGGUCCCAUAAACAUGAUUCCUGUGUUAGGUUAUGUACACGCACUUAUCCAUGCAAUGUGGCACUUACUCAAGGAUCUGCCCUGUUACACUAUUAUUUUGGGGAGGCAGGAAUAGCACAGGCCAAUAGGCUUUAGAAAGGGAUUGUAGGCAGAUGUAAGGAUAGUCAUUGAUUAUCUGGCAAGUCAUACCUAAUACCUUUUCUAAAAGCCAGCAGAUGGUGUGUGAACAGGCAGCAAAGCUUAUUUUCAGAAAUAUCAAAACACCAGACACAGUGCAAGCACAGGCAUAAGGCAACAGAUAUAAACUUCGAGUUAUUUUCAAGGACCAUUAGUAACAAGAAAGGAAAAUCAAUAAAGGAUUGCCAGGUGAAAGGAGAUGGGGUUUCUCACUGUAAGAUGAGCUAGAAAUCAGACCCCAAUUUCACCUUCAAAGGAACACGGUUAGGAGAGUCGUAAAGGCUAUAAACCAUCCCAGGAACCUAUUUGACAAUGUCCUCUUAAUGCAACUGACGUCAAAACCUUUCCUGACAGAGCUGCCUUUGCUAAUAUUCUGCUGUCAUUUCAAAAGCACUCACAGCUUACAAGAAAUCUGCUAGA